GAGAAGCUGUAAAGCAUGUUAGAAGGCUGUUGCCGACUGCAAAGUUCACUCCGUAACUGAUACUCGGUCCAUUCUCCCAGUCCAGUAUGGCCGAGCCUAUCGUCAAUGUCAAACAAGGGUCCCUUCGUGGCACAACAGUAAAAAGUGUUAUCGGAGAAUCUUACCUUGCUUUCAACGGUAUCCCAUUUGCAGCGCCUCCAAUAGGUAACUUGAGGUUUUUGGAGCCUCAACCUGUUCUGCCAUGGAAGGGUGUACGAGACGCUACAACAGAAGGACCGAAAUGCGUCCAAUUCAAUAUGUUGACAUCGACACUAACUGGUGACGAAGAUUGCCUUUAUCUCAAUGUAGCUACCAAAUCGUUAAAAGGAUCGAGACCAGUAAUGGUUUGGAUUCAUGGAGGAGCCUUUGUUUUUGGUGAUGCUACAACCGAACUGGCAAGCCCAGAUUACCUAAUGAAGACGGACAUUGUGUUCGUGUCGAUUCAGUAUAGACUUGGGGUCCUCGGAUUCCUGCAUCUGGAUCAUGAGGCGGCGCCCGGAAAUAUGGGUCUGAAGGAUCAGGUGGCAGCUUUAAAAUGGGUUCAAGAAAACAUCGCCGAGUUCGGUGGCGAUCCCAACAACGUUACCAUCUUUGGAUGUAGCGCUGGUGGUGCCUCCGUACAUUAUCUCCUUUUGUCACCUCUAGCCAAAGGUCUCUUUCACAAGGCCAUUUCUCAGAGUGGCGUGACAUUGAAUCCUUGGGUAUCCACUUCGAACUCAAUAGAGACUGCUCACAGCUAUGUUGCACUACUUGGAAAAAAAACCACUGAUCCCCAUGAGAUCGUCGAGUAUCUGCGCACGAUUCCAGCCGAUAAGCUUUUACUAGCUGAACAGCAAGUUCAGACCCGAGAGGAUAAGAUCCGCUUUAUACUACCAUUUCGACCAAGUGUCGAUAGUAAAAGUCCACGACCAUUUAUGCCAAAACGCCCCCUAGAACUUGCCAAAAAUGGUUUUGAUGUGCCCGCGAUCAUUGGAUACGCCAGUCAUGAGGGAAGUUUUUUCCUAAUGGGACUUACAACACUGGAUCUACCAUUUCUUGAUGAACAUUUCGAGAUUGCGGUAACUGAAGACUUGGUCGAGGCAAAUCCAUCAAAAAUAUCCGAGGUGGCGACAGAAAUAAGAAAGUUUUAUUUUAAAGAUAAACCUAUAAACAAAGACGUGAUCGGUGACUACAUCCAAUGUUAUGGAGACAUAUAUUUUGCCAAUGGUAUCCAUAAGGUGGUUGAAUAUCAACAGAACAAAAGAACUCCAACUUAUCUCUACAGGUUUUCUUACGAUAGUCCCACUGCCUUCGGUAGACUGGCUUUCGGGGUGUCAGAAAAAGGUGCUGGUCACGGUGACGAAACUACGCGUUUAUUCUACCCAAUGAUAUUCGGCGAGAAUAUAAAAAUCGAUCCACACAUAUCGUCAGUCGAUAAAACCGUGUCUGAUAGGAUGGUCAGAAUGUGGACGGACUUCGCAAAAACUGGAAAUCCAACACCUCAGAUCGAUGAUUUGAUAACCGUGAAGUGGAAGCCAGUGACGCCAACGGAAAAAAACUACAUAGAUAUUGGCGUGGAGCUCUCUGUCGGAGUGAAUCCGGACGAAGAGGUACAGCAGUUUUUCCGACGCAUUUCCGAGAUUGUUGAAUCGGAGUUAGAUGAUAUACGUGUCAUAUACAUACAUGCAUAUCCAACAUGGUCCCAAGAUACUGUCGAGUUGCUUGAGAGCGUUGAAGAUAAGUCGAACGAAAGUUUCGUGGACACUUUGGGUAAAAUACGGAAUUCAGUUCGAUCAGUCAUCGAGUCAGACAUGGCUGACUAUGUAGUUAACGUUAAAGAAGGAUGCCUACGUGGCACAACGGUGAAGAGCAUCGUCGGAGGAUCCUACGUUGCUUUUAAAGGCAUACCUUUCGCUGCUCCUCCAGUAGGGAAUUUGAGGUUUGCGGAUCCUCAGUCUCCGCAACCAUGGAAGGGCGUGCGAGACGCUUCUCAAGAGAGGUCAAAAUGUAUCCAAAUAGACACAACGACAUCGUCGGUUGUCGGCGACGAAGACUGUCUUUACCUAAACGUGACAACCACAUCGUUAAAAGGAUCGCGUCCAGUGAUGGUUUGGAUUCAUGGGGGAGGUUUCAUGACCGGUGAUGCAAGUCUUAACAUGUACGGUCCAGAUUACCUCAUGAAAACCGAAAUUGUAUUCGUAUCCAUACAAUACAGACUUGGAGUAUUUGGGUUCCUGCAACUCGAUCAUGACGUGGUGCCUGGAAAUGCUGGUCUAAAAGAUCAAGUGGCCGCUUUAAAAUGGGUCAAGGAAAACAUUGCUCAGUUUGGUGGCGACCCAAACAAUGUAACCAUCUUUGGAGAAAGUGCCGGUAGCGCAUCAGUGCAUUUUCACCUUUUAUCGCCACUUUCUAAAGGUUUUUUUCACAAGGCCAUCAUGCAGAGUGGCGUGACAUUGAAUCCAUGGAUAGUUUGUACUGUGUCAGUUAGUCCUGCUCAUCUGCUUGCUGCCACUCUUGGUAAAGAAACGACUGAUCCUCACGAGAUCGUUGAGCAUUUGCGGACAGUUCCAGCUGAAAAGCUUCUCUUUGCUCAAGAAGAAGCAUGCACCCGAGAGGAUAAGUUCCAUUUCUUAGUCUCAUUUCGGCCGUGUGUCGAUGACAAAAGUCAGCAACCGUUUAUGCCAAAACUCCCGCAAGAUCUUGUCGAGAACGGUGUCGACGUUCCUGUGAUCAUUGGAUACAACACUCACGAGGGACUUAUUUCACUGAUGCCAUAAAGAAAUAUUCGCACUUGAAUUACUUCGGGAUAGUUUUGAGAUUGCGGUGAGUCAGGAUUUGAUAGCAGAAGAUCCGUCGAAAAU